AUGGUUUAUUUUAUAUUGAGAGAAUGGCUGGUGAUGACGCCCCUCAUACUCCAUCACCUGGCGAUCGGCUUCGUGCUCGGCUUCCCUGCAAUCCUCACUCCAGCCAUCACGACCACCAGUCAUGUUACCGAUAUACAUGCCACCAAAAAUGAUGCUUCCACCAUUACUGCUGCCUAUGGUAUGACGGGAUGUAUUGGUUUUCUCAUCGUGCCACCUCUCAUGCAGAUAUAUGGUCGAAAAAUUACCAGCAUAUUUCUGAACACAGCAGUACUAUGUGGUUUCGUAAUCAUCGCUGUAUCACCAAACGUUAUCACAUUAAUAAUAGGUCGAGCCGUUCAAGGGAUUUCCUUUGGUGGUCUGUACAUAUCUAGUAUCUUGGCUUCAGAGUAUAGUCAUCCUAAACGUAGGGGAUUCUUCGUAAUUUUUAAGAUUACUGCAAGCUGUAUUGGCGUACUUAUUUGCCAUAGCUGUGGUUUCUUAACCUCAUGGCGAAAUAUAGCAUGGAUGAGUUCCAUUCCACCGACUUUAGCUAUUUUGGCAACUACGAUGUUACCUGAGAGUCCAUUAUGGUUAGCUUUUAAAGGACGUUACGAAGAAAGUAUUACCGCCUUCGAGUGGAUAAGAGGCAAAGAUAAGCUGGCUCAAAAGGAACUCAAAGAAUUAUUAACAGCUCAAUAUGAGCUUCGAAGAAUCAGGAACAGUAGAGAAAGUGUGCUAUCGAGAAUCAAAAAAGCUAUAACCUCAAAGGAGUUCUUAAAACCAUUUCUAAUUGUUACUGAAUUGUUAACGUUAUCACAAAUGUGUGGUAGAUAUUAUUUCAUAGCUUACGUUAUCCAAAUUAUGACCCAACUAACUGGAGACGAAACGAAGGCUUUUUAUUAUACCGUAACACUAGACCUAAUGAAGAUAUUCGCAGUUCUGUUAUCAAGUUACAUUGUACAGUUAUUUAAUAGACGACUGUUGCUUUUCUUCAGCGGGUCAUUGUCUUGUUUUCUGCUAGCUGUAGUUUGCGUAAUUCAGUAUCUUGAUUGGAAAUUUUCAAUAAAUCUGGGAUGGUCCACACCUGCGUUACUAGUUGUAUAUGAUUUUGUAUGUAAUGCAGGAGUUAUACCUUUAUCUAUACUGCUAAAAGGAGAAAUGUUUCCUUUACAAUACAAAGGUAUAGGUAUAUGUGCAUCAGGAGUAUUAAAUGCAUUAAUAAGUAUGAUAACUUUAAAAUUAACUUCUCCUAUGUUGGAUGCUUUAAAGGUACACGGAACAUUUAGUGUUUACAUGUCUGUAGCUGUAAUAUUACUAGUGCAUUUGUAUUUUAUAUUACCAGAGACUAAAGAUAGAACAUUACAAGACAUAGAGAAUGGUUUUGUUGCUAUUAAAAUUAGCAAAGAUGCACAAGAAGUAACGAAUAAAUUGUUAAACCGUGACAAUUAA